AUGUCAGAUAAUAAUCUCGUUGUCGUCGCUGUUGCAAGCGCACAAUCGACCACGAGCUUCCCAUCACGCAACCCUCCAACACACCGACCACCGCCCAUUUCCGCAAACAUGUCUGACUUUAGCAUGUACCACCAGCUGGGCCAGGGCGAACAAGACCCUUCGAACCCCAAUCGAUCGACGCAGCCCGCACCUCCCCAGUUCUCCCCUCCCGUCGCGGGGCAGCAAUACCAGCAGGGAACUCCAUACGGCGCCCCUGCACCUCCAGGACAGCAAUACUAUGGAGGCCAGCCUGAUUCCGCACCACCUCAGGCACAGCCGUAUGGGGCCCCUCCAGGUCAGGAGUAUGCGCAGAAUCCUGGUUUCCAGUCUCAGGAAAACUUGGCGGCGCAAAUGGGAGGCAUGUCACUAGGUGAUGGACACGGUACAGCAAGGAGGAAGAAGAAGGACCGCCACGCAUACCACCAGGUCGAGGCGACAGGCUCGUCGCAACCCUUCAACGGAAUUCCUGCUGCCGGCACGAAUGCCACGGCCUUCCUCAACGACCCUUCGCAAGCUCAGUAUGCUCAAAUGAACCAGUUUCCCGUCGCCGCGGGCCAGACCUUUACACCCGCCAAUCCCGCUUCCCCGGCUGAAUUUGCGACCCGAAACGGCACCGAUGCUGGCGGACCCCCGGCUGUAGUUCAGACUUCCGGACACCAGAAGCUGUCUCUCGACGACCUGCCUAGUGUGCCAGUCUCCCGUGACUCUCUUCAACAACACUACUUCUCCAAUGUUUAUCCCACCUUUGAGAAGCACCUGCCACCUCCCUCGACUGUCUCAUAUGUUGCCUACGACCAGGGCAAUGCUUCGCCCAAGUUCGCGCGCUUGACACUGAACAGCAUUCCGUCCAAUGCCGAGGGCCUCGCACUUACUGGUCUGCCAAUGGGUCUUCUCCUUCAGCCCAUGGCACCUCUCCAGCCCGGGGAGCUCGAGAUUCCAGUCCUUGAUUUUGGCGAUUCUGGCCCCCCGAGAUGCCGUCGCUGCAGAGCUUACGUCAACCCCUUCAUGAUGUUCCGGUCCGGCGGCAAUAAGUUUGUUUGCAACUUGUGCACUUACCCCAACGAUACCCCGUCCGAAUACUUCUCCGCACUCACUCCCCAAGGUGUAAGGGUGGACCGCGAUCAGCGCCCAGAGCUUACCAGGGGUACUGUGGAGUUUGUAGUGCCUAAGGAGUACUGGACGAAGGAGCCUACUGGUCUGCGCUGGCUGUUCGUCAUUGAUGUUACCCAGGAGUCCUUCAACAAGGGAUUCAUCGAGUCCUUCUGCGAGGGCAUCGUUGCUGCCUUGUACGGUGGCGAAGACGCAGAACGGGAUGACAAUGGCGAGCCAAAGAAGAGCAUUCCCCCUGGCGCCAAGGUUGGCUUCGUGACUUAUGACAAGGACAUCCACUUCUACAACGUCAAUCCCGCCCUGGAUCAAGCCCAGAUGAUGAUUAUGCCCGAUCUUGAGGAUCCCUUCGUGCCCCUGAGUGACGGUCUCUUUGUCGACCCUUACGAAUCUAAGGAUGUCAUCACAUCUCUGCUGACUAUGCUGCCCACCAUGUUCUCAAACAUUAAGAACCCCGAACCGGCCCUCCUGGCGACCCUCAACUCUGCUGUUGCCGCAUUGGAAAAGACCGGAGGCAAGAUCGUCUGUUCUCUGGCGGCUCUGCCUACCUGGGGCCCUGGCCGUCUCUUCCUCCGUGACGAUGGAAAGCAUCCCGGUGGAGAGAUCGACAAGAAGCUCUUCUCUACAGAACACCCGGCAUGGAAGAAGGUGGCCGAGAAGAUGGUGGCCACCGGUAUCGGUGCCGACUUCUUCCUCGCGUCGCCUUCUGGCGGAUACCUUGACAUCGCCACAGUCGGUCACGUUGCAGCCUCUACCGGUGGAGAGACGUUCUACUACCCCAACUUCAUCGGGGCCCGUGACAACACGAAGCUGUCCAUGGAAAUCAAGCACGCGGUUACGCGCGAGACUGGCUUCCAGGCUUUGAUGAAGGUUCGUUGCUCGAACGGCCUGCAGAUUAACGGGUACCACGGCAACUUCAUCCACCACACUUUUGGUGCCGACCUGGAGAUUGGUGUCAUUGAUGCUGACAAGGCUAUGGGCGUUACCUUCUCUUAUGACGGCAAGCUCGACUCGAAACUUGACGCCCACUUCCAGUCGGCGCUGCUGUACACCACGGCUUCCGGCCAGCGGAGAGUGCGCUGCUCAAACAUUAUUGCGAGUGUGUGCGACAACCCCAGGGAUAGCGUCAAGUUCAUCGACCAAGAUGCCGUGUUCACGAUUUUGGCCAAGGAGGCAAGCACAAAACUAGCAAGUACUUCGGCAACGCUGAAGGAUGUCCGCAACCACCUGACGGAGCGUACGAUCGACAUUCUCUCAGCGUACCGUAAGAACUUCUUGACUUCAGCGCAACCAGACGGCCAGCUGGUCAUGCCGGAAAGGCUCAAGGAGUUCUCCAUGUACAUGCUCGGUCUCCUCAAGUGCCGCGCCUUCAAGGGUGGUAACGAGAGUUCCGACCGUAGAGUCCACGAGAUGAGGAUGAUCCGUUCCAUGGGCGCCAAGGAGCUUAGCUUAUACCUGUAUCCGCGCAUGAUCCCCAUUCACAACCUCACUCCAGAGGAGGGCUUCCCUGACGAGUCCGGCCAUCUCAAGGUACCGCCUGCGAUUCGCACGUCCUUCUCUCGCGUGGAACCUGGCGGCGUCUAUCUCGUCGACAACGGCCAGCAGUGUCUCCUGUGGCUCCACUCCCAGACCUCACCGAACCUCAUUGCCGAUCUCUUUGGCGAAGACAAGACAACCCUCCAGAGCCUCGACGCGUAUACUUCAUCGCUCCCCAUGCUCCAGACACAUUUGAACGCGCAAGUACGGAAUAUCGUCGAGUUCCUGAAGACGAUGCGGGGUUCCAAGGGUCUGGGUAUCCAGCUUGCGAGACAAGGAAUUGAUGGUGCCGAGUACGAGUUUGCGCGCAUGCUCGUCGAGGACAGGAACAACGAGGCACAGAGCUAUGUCGACUGGCUCGUCCAUCUUCACAGGAGUGUCCAGCUCGAGCUUUCUGGCCAAAGAAAGAGAGAGGACCCGCUGACGGACGCCAACGCACUAGCAGGCUUCGCCGGUCUGAGGCCCAACUACUGGUAA